AUGUUCCGCUUGUCUUUGAUACUUGCCGCAUGCCUACUGAUAGCCAGUUCGAGGACAGCCCCUACCUACGAGAAGCGAGACGAUGACAACUUAAGCAUUGUACAAGGUCUACUGGGCACAGAUGGUUUCUGGAAUGACUAUGAUGGUGGCACGAACGCCUACGUGAUGUACACGGGCGAUGGCUCCCGUGAUGCGAAAUGGCCAGGUCAGGAAGCCUGGGUCAGCUUCAAUGAGCUGUGGAUCACAAACGCUCACAUUAUCGCUCGUUCAUGCGACCUCAGAUACAAGCAGCCCAACAACAACGCUCAAGAGACGAAUGACCUAUACGACGCUAUCAAGCAGGUAGCGCACGAAACCCGAGUUGAUCAUCGCUUCAUUUUCGCAGCUGUAAUGCAAGAGAGCGAGGGUUGUGUCAGAGCUGGCAGCAAUGGUGACAAGCAUGGAUUACUGCAAGACUACAAGGGAGCUUAUAGCUGCAACAAGGAUGGCAAAGUACAGAACCCUUGCCCGAAAGAUCAAAUUGUGGGGAUGAUCAGGGACGGCAUUGCUGGUGGCACUGAGGGCAAUGGAUUUGCGGAGGACAUCAACGAGCAAUCUGGAAAGGUUGGGCACGAUGUUGCGUGGGCAUACUAUCGAGCCUCAAGGCAGUACAAUUCUGGGUCAAUUGACGGCUCGGACGACCUGGAAAAAGGUGGUUCUGGAAAGCAUUGCUAUGCCAGUGAUAUUGCCAACAGGCUGAUGGGCUGGGUUGAUGCUGCUAGCACCUGCACAUUGGAUGGAUAG